CUUUUUCGAGCUAGUGCCCAGUGGUGCCUUCUCGACGACAAUCUUGUUUUUUUAUUGUUUUUUCUUCCUCUCUGUUCGGUUCAGUCCUUGUUAUAAAUAGCCAAUUUACAGACCCCAUCGCUCUGUCCAGCAACUUAAUCAAAUCUUUCUUUCACACCUACUCCUCUCCCUUGGCUUCUUAUUAGGUCUCUCUCUCUCUCUCUCUCUCUCUCGUCACCGACUUCUCCUGUUCCACGCACUCGCCCCCAUGACAGCAUCAGCAAAGAUGGCGUCCAUCUUGAAGCUCUGCGCGGUGCUCUUCGUCGCCGUCUCCUUGUGCUCUGUUUCUGCCGACCCCGACCUCCUUCAAGACGUCUGCGUUGCUGAUUACGCCUCAGAAGUGAAGGUCAAUGGAUUCGCGUGCAAGGCGACCUUUAACGCGACGGACUUCUCCUCCGAAGCGCUGGCCAAGCCGGGGCUAACCAACAACUCGAUGGGGUCGCUCGUGACCGCGGCCAACGUUCAGAAGAUCCCGGGCCUCAACACCCUCGGCGUCUCGCUCUCGCGCAUCGACUACGCCCCGGACGGCCUGAACCCGCCCCACACCCACCCGCGCGCCACCGAGAUCGUGUUCGUGCUCGAGGGCGAGUUGGACGUCGGGUUCAUAACCACCGCCAACGUCCUGGUCUCCAAGUCCAUCAAGAAAGGGGAAAUCUUCGUGUUCCCUAGGGGCCUUGUCCACUUCCAGAAGAACAACGGCAAGGUGCCUGCCGCCGUCAUCGCCGCCUUCAACAGCCAGUUGCCGGGGACUCAGUCGAUCGCCGCCACGCUAUUCGCCGCCACCCCGCCUGUGCCGGACCAUGUGUUGACGAAGGCAUUCCAGGUGGGCACCAAGGAGGUUGAGAAGAUCAAGAGCAGGCUUGCCCCUAAGAAGUAACUGCAGCUUAUUGUAAUGGAAGUUUUACUAGUUAAAAUUCAAAGGGAAGAGGCUCCCUGUUUUUUUUUUUUUUUUUUUUUUUUUAAUAAUGAUUUCUGAGUGGAUAUGUGAAUUCAGUGUUUGAUCCAAAAAAAAGAAAAAUAAAUAAACUGAUUUAAUAAGUGAUUCAUGAAA